AUGAGUCAACCGAUUUAUGAUCCAAAGCAAGGUGGUUUUCGUGUUUUUAUUGGAAAUUUGGGUGCACGUACAAAUAUAUCUGAAUUACAACAUGAAUGUGAACGAUAUGGUCCAUUAGUUGAUUGUUGGGUAGCUCGCAAUCCACCCGGAUUUGCAUUUGUACUUUACAAAUAUGGUGAAGAUGCAGAUACAGCUGUACGAAAUAUGGAUGGCCGUGUGGUAUGUGGACAACGUGCUCGUGUUGAACAUGCUAAAGCUCGUUCGGUAAAUUAUCGAGGUGGACCAUCAUAUGGAGGAUUUCGUGAUGGAGAUGGUGAUAAUGGUCAUGGAAAUGGUCGAGAUGAGGAUCGACGUCGUCCACGUCGUCGUUCACGUUCUCGUAGUAGUAGUCGAGGACAUUCAAAGAAAAAAUCAUCUCGUCGACGACGUAGUAAAAGUGAUUCCAGUCGUGAAAGUAGUCAGGAACGUUCAUCGAAGCGAAAAAAUCAUCGUUCACGUGAUCGAAGUGAUUCAGAUGAUUCAAGUCGUGAACGUGAGAAAAAACGUUCACGUGGUGGUUCAAGUAGUAAACGUCGUCGAUCAAAAUCUAAAUCACCAAGUGAAAAAAAGAGUAGCCGUUCGAAACGCCGCUCAUCACGAUCAGAAUCCAAAGAUAAUGAUAAUGGAGAUGAUCGUACAUCAAAUCAUUCAAAAGAAGGUUCAUCAUCACCAACAACAGGACGUGAACGUCAGAAUAGUGGUGCUCGAGAUAAUGAUGAUGAAAGUGAUCGACCAAAAUCACCACGUCGUAAAUCUAAUGAUGAUGAUAGUGAUGGAAGUGAUAAUGAAAGUCAUAGUAGCGAAAAGAAAAAAACGAAUCAUCAUCAUUCAGGUGAUGAAGAAAUGGAUGGUAAAGAUGGAAACGAAUCCGAUCAUUCAACUCAUGAAAAUGGUCUUGAAAAAUAA